UGGAUUCUGAGUUUGCGGGUCGCAGGAACCUAAAUGGCCCUGCGCCCAUGUACUGUCCCACGGCCUCGCGAAAAGCCAGUGGUUGACCGGAUGCUGUUUCCCAGUUCCCGAGCCCCUCGGUUUGUUGAGCCCGACUCUUGGAGCCCGAGGGCCGGGCCGCCUAGGCGGGAUAGCUUAGUGAGGAAGAGAAUUCAGCCUCAGAAGGAAACCGUCACCACACUCAUGGCGGGGAUUUUGCGCUCAAUAGUUCAGAGGCCCCCAGGCAGACUCCAAACGAUGACAAAAGGUAUGGAGUCUCUUAUUUACAUGGAUUGGAUUCGUCACAAAUUUACCAAGUCAAGAAUUCCAGAUAAAGUAUUUCAGCCUUCACCUGCAGAUCAUGAAAAAUAUGGUGGGGAUCCACAGCACCCUCAUAAACUGCAUAUUGUUACCAGAAUAAAAAGUACAAAAAGACGUCCAUAUUGGGAAAAAGAUACAAUAAAGAUGCUUGGACUAGAAAAAGCACAUACUCCUCAAGUUCACAAGAAUAUCCCUUCAGUGAAUGCAAAACUGAAAGUGGUUAAACAUUUGAUAAGGAUCAAGCCCCUGAAGUUACCCCAAGGACUUCCAACAGAGGAGGACAUGUCCAACAUGUGCCUCAAGAGCACUGGGGAAUUAGUGCGGUGGCAUCUAAACCCCAUAGACCAAGAAGCAGUUAAGUCCUAAGGCCAGAGCAGUUUCGUAUUAAGAAAUGUAAAUCAUUGUGUUCUCAUUAAAAUAUAUUUUAAAUACUA